CAACUUUGUUGCAUAUAUCGGGGAGCCGCCGGGCGAGUUUCCAUAACUUCUACAUUCUCUUCUUGUCACGACGUCAGUUUGACUAGGCUUUUUCGUAAAUACAUCAUAAUUUAAGGAUGGAUUCCCAGGAUUUCCGUGAGGCCGCUGCUACGGCCAUUGAUGACAUUGCCAGCUAUUAUGACAACCUUGACGACCGGAAUGUUGUGUCUACCGUAGAACCUGGCUACCUUCGGAAGCUUCUGCCAUCCGAGGCCCCGGUCGAAGGCGAGGCAUGGACCGAUAUUCACAAAGACAUUGAGGGCAAGAUCCUCCCCGGUAUCACUCACUGGCAACACCCCGGCUUCCAUGCCUUCUUCCCCUGCGCCACCAGCUUCCCCUCCAUCCUUGGUGAGCUCUACAGCGCCGCCCUCUCCGGCGCCUGCUUCAACUGGAUCUGCAGCCCAGCCGUGACCGAGCUCGAGACGAUCGUGCUCGACUGGCUGGCCAAGAUCCUCGGCCUUCCCGAAUGCUACCUGUCCACCGGCCCCACCCGCGGCGGCGGCGUCAUCCAGGGCUCCGCCUCCGAGGCCGUUCUGACCGCCAUGGUCGCCGCCCGUGACAAGUACCUGCGCGAGACUGUCCCUCUCGAGCAGUUCCCCGAGGGCUCCGAGGCGCGCGAGGACGCCAUCGCCCACAAGCGCAGCAAGAUGGUGGCGCUCGCCACGACAGCCACCCACUCGUCCACCAAGAAGGCCUCCAUCAUCCUCGGCGUGCGGUUUCACACCAUCGCCGUCCACGCCGACACGGGCUACUCGCUCACCGGGCCAGUGCUGGCCAAGACGCUCGCCGAACUGCGCGCCCGCGGUCUCGAGCCCUUCUUCAUGACCGCCACCAUGGGAACGACCGACACGUGCGCGGUCGACGACUUCGCGGGUAUCGUGUCGACACUCAAAUCGGACCCCGUGCACCCAGCCGGUACCCCUGGCGAGUUGUGGGUGCACAUUGACGCAGCCUACGCCGGCUCGGCGCUCGUUCUCCCCUCUGUGCGGGAGCAAGUCUCCAUCUCGCUGAUCGAGAACUUCCACUCGUUCGACAUGAACAUGCACAAGUGGCUCCUCACAAAUUUCGACGCCUCAUGCCUCUUCGUGCGUGACCGCAACUGGUUCAUCCAAGCCCUCACCAUCAACCAGGCCGUGUACGGCAACAAGGCGUCCGAGGGCGGGCUGGUGACGGACUACCGCGAGUGGCAGAUCCCGCUGGGCCGACGCUUCCGGUCCCUCAAGAUCUGGUUCGUGCUGCGGAACUACGGCGUCAAGGGCCUGCAGAGUUAUAUCUCACGCACCCUCAAGCUGGGCGAGGAGUUUGCCGACUCGCUCAAGUCUAGGCCGGAUCUGUUUGAGAUUUUGACCGGCCCUAACUUUGCGCUGACUGUGUUCAGGGUCGCCGGCAAGGAGCAGGGUAAGAGCGACGAGGAGCUGAAUGCGCUUACCAAGGCUGUGUGCGAAAAGAUCAACGCUUCCGGCAGGAUGUGGGUGACUAGCACGGUGCUGGAUGGCAGGUUCGCCAUUCGGAUGGUGACUAGCGUGAGUACGACUGAGAAGGAGCAUGUUGACCGGGCGUGGAAGAUUCUGGUUGAGGCGGCGGAGGAGAUUGUCAAGGCUUAGAACCAGAGCGUGGAUCAAUAGACAUGGUCGGUGUGCAUGGCGUCGGGUAGACAAAAGCAUAUGAGAUCGUAGAGAACCAGUUGAGCGAUGCAAGGCAUCAACAUGACGCUUCCUUCUGAUCACGCCACCGAAACCUAUCUAAACCCCUCUACUACCAACCGAAGCAGACCGAAAUGUAAAUAAACAUUCGAGUCAGUACAUGGUCUAAGUGAUAAACCCACUGCAAUGCCCAUCCCCUACCCCUCUUUGACUCUUCCCAACCGGCCAUCGCAGCUCGAUCAGAGACGGAACUAUAUACUCGCGCGCCUCGGCGCCAUCGUUCUCCUCAACGCUUUCUUCGCCUCUGUCUCCUCAACCAGAGGCAAUACACCCUGCUCCCUCAACUUCUGGAGGAACUCCUGGCCAUAUUUGUACCCGACCCCAUAGAUCUCGUCAAAUUUGCCAAAAUCCAGCGUUCCGUAGUCGUCGAUCGGGGGCCGCAUGUAUAUGCAUCCGGGCAUCGUCUUUGCCCUCUCUAGCUCACCGACACUCGACACAUACGCAAGGCGGGCCUGGAUCUCUGCCAGCGUGGGCGGGUUGGGUACCGAUGAGAAUGGGUUCCAGCGGUUGAAGAAUGCCCAUACACCAGACAGAGAGUCGCCAAAGGCCUGAGGCGUAUUAUCAUCAAGCGAGCCGACGUCAACAGCAAAAAUGACGUCCGAACCGAGAGAUUUCAUACGGGAUACAGUCAAAUUGUCGAUGUAGCCGCCGUCCAAAAGCAUGCUGCCUUCGUCACACAGAGGUGGAAGUAAACCCGCCAGGGACAUGGACGCUCGGAUGUAGCGCCAUGCGUAACCACUGGUGUGGAACUCGACUCGGCUUUUGCUGAUGUUAGUGGUAUUGCAGUAGUAUUCCAGCCAGAAAUCUUCAAUCUG